AUGUCUACCAAAUUCCUCCUAGUGUUGCUCCUGGGUGUGGUGGCUCUCACCACUUCCUCACUAGCCGACCACCACAAACCACCAACUAAUCCCGGCCACAAACCACCAGAGCACAAACCACCUGCCGUAGAAGUAGAGGAUGAUAAGAAACCUCCGAAGGGGCCAAAACCACCCCCAAAACACAAACCACCAACCCCAGAAGAUGUUGAGUCCGUAAAAGAUGGUAAGAAGCCUCCAAAGGGCCCAAAACCACCCCCAAAACACAAACCACCAACCCCAGAAGAUGUUGAGUCCGUAGAAGAUGGUAAGAAGCCUCCAAAGGGCCCAAAACCACCCCCAAAACACAAACCACCGACCCCAGAAGAUGUUGAGUCCGUAGAAGAUGGUAAGAAGCCUCCAAAGGGCCCAAAACCACCCCCAAAACACACACCACCGACCCCAGAAGAUGUUGAGUCCGUAGAAGAUGGUAAGAAGCCUCCAAAAGGACCAAAACCACCCCCAAAACACAAACCACCGACCCCAAAAGAUGUUCAGUCCGAAGAAGAUGGUAAGAAGCCUCCAAAGGGCCCAAAACCACUCCCAAAACACAAACCACCAACACCAGAAGAUGUUGAGUCUGUAGAAAAUGGUAAGAAGCCUCCAAAGGGCCCAAAACCACCCCCAAAAAACAAGCCACCAACCCCAGAAGAUGUUGAGUCCGUAGAAGAUGUCUUUGCCAGUAGUACCAUCCUCUGUGCUGGCUAUGUGGGUUUAUCUACUCAUUCUACUAUGUUAGAUAAGUUUGGGGCACCGCCAUAUGGUGCUGGUGCAGAGUGGUCAGUCCGAUCGUUUAUCUCGGCAAUCGAUGGCUCGGACCUUGACUGUGCAAUGGACAAUUCAGAUCUACAUGUGCUCAAAUUCAAUCUGACCCGUCCAUACCGAAAUAAAUGGCCGAAAGCCACUUGGCAGCAUCCCGAGUCUUUGGUCCGGUGCGUUAGAGGCAUGGAAUGA